UCCCCCUAUGACCGAUAAAGAAAAGUCAUACCACAAGAUCGGUGGCAGAGCAGAAAGAAACUCAAUUAUCAAAGUUGUUUAUUAAAAGUAUUCACAAUACCACUACCGCAAUACACUUUUUUCAACCCCGAAAAUUAAAUUUUAUACUAACAUUAACCCCCCCUACACAUAAAGACAAAAAAUUUGAUCCUACUCAAAAUGCAAGGUGCGUUCAACAUUUUGUAACAUUUCAAUGGACUACCUACUUGUUUAAAUUCCACUCCUCAAUAGUGUCAAAACGUUGUUCACAACUGAUGACUGAUCUACGCUUUCUUAUUUUAUUUUUGUUUUGCUUAUUGUUAUUGUGUUAUACUUAUACUAUAAAACGUAUAAUGAUAAUAAAUGAUUAGCUGGAAUAAUGUGUUUUAUAUUAUACUUUUGCAUUUAAUCUACAGACUUUACAUUGAAAUGGAACCAUGUUCAAACAAGAGCCAUACAAUGAUUUAUAUGACAAACUUGAGCUGAAUCUCAAAUACACAAAUAUUAACCGAUUGCAAGUGAAUUAUUACAGUUUGAAGCAAUGCCAACGUAGUUCUAAAGUAAGGACUAGAAAAUCAUUUCAACUUGAAGGCAUGAAUAAAUCACAACUUAGAAUGAAGCAACGAAUAAGUUUGUCACACUUUAAGACUGAAACAGUUAACAAUGUGGGAUGGAUAGAAUUUGCUGAAAAUAUAAGCACAGCUGAAGAUCUAAGGGAUAAUCAAAACAUCACACCUGCGAUAUUGAAAGUUUUGCUGGCGCCAACUCUAGCCACAUCAUUGCCAGAGGUCAAAACUAUACCCACUGAUUUGAAAUAUGAUUCAAUCAAGAAUGUAAACAGUACUGGGGAAGAUCUGAAUUCGUUUUAUUUUUAUGAGACCGAACAGUUUGCCGUCCUUUGGAUUCUAUUUGCCGUAAUCGUCCUCGGUAACACUUCAGUUUUAGUUGCAAUGUUUCUCAAUAAAAAUCGAAAGUCCCGAAUGAAUUUCUUCAUAAAACAGUUAGCUCUGGCGGAUUUAUUGGUGGGAUUGUUGCAUGUCUUGACCGAUAUUAUUUGGAGGAUAACAAUUGAAUGGCGGGCGGGUAACGCCGCCUGUAAAAUUAUUCGGUUUUCUCAAGUUUGUGUUACGUAUGCAUCUACAUACCUCUUGGUUGCCCUUAGCAUUGACCGAUAUGAUGCAAUAACACAUCCAAUGAAUUUUUCAAAAUCAUGGAAACGUGCCCGAAGACUUGUUACAGGUGCAUGGAUUAUAAGUUCCUUUCUAUCCGCACCGAUGUUAUACUUGUACGAAGAGAAAGUAAUUCAGGGUCAAACUCAGUGUUGGAUUGAUCUGGGAGAGCCCUGGAGGUGGCAGGUCUACAUGAGCGCAGUCUCAAUUACUCUAUUUGCACUUCCUGCAUUGAUAAUUACAGCCUGCUACGCGGUAAUAGUUCGUACAAUAUGGGUCAAGGGAUCUCUUUUUGUACCUGGUGCAAAUGCGGCAACUCGUCGAGCUAGUUCUAGAGGAAUCAUCCCGAGGGCUAAGGUUAAAACAAUCAAAAUGACGUUUGUUAUUGUCAUAGUAUUUAUUAUCUGCUGGUCACCAUAUAUUGUGUUUGAUCUGCUGCAAGUUUUUGGCCACAUCCCUCGAACGCAAACCAAUAUUGCGAUAGCAACAUUUAUACAAAGCUUGGCACCUCUCAAUUCAGCUGCAAAUCCAUUAAUCUAUUGUUUGUUUUCAUCUCAGAUUUUUCGAACCUUGCGUCGAGUUCCACCAUUCAAAUGGUUCUGUUGGAAGUCCCGCCGACGAACUUCACUUAAAAACCGAUGUAAUACUGUUGGCCAAAGAAUACACAACAGUUGUGAUUCCAUGAGAACACUUACUACUUCAUUGACCGUUUCUAGACGUUCAAAUAAAGCAGCAAGGGUAGUGAUUGUAGAACGUCCAAGAACUACAAUAGUAAUGUCCUCUGAAGUAUGAUGCCCAUAGAACCCAAAUUUUGUGAAAUUUUAGUAUUGAAUUAAGUAAUAUAUUUAUUUUAGGUAACUAUUAUCAAAUAAGAAAAACAUUUUGUGGAUGAAGUUGUAUG